UUUCACUCUCCCCUCAGCAGCAGUCCGAUGAGUCCUUGCAGAGACACAGCCUGUCACCUGACUAAUGCCCACCAGUGGAAGAUGUAAUCCGGAGUAAAUACAGUUGGCUCCACGGAGGAGCCCUCUGUGAUUUCAGCAGACCGAGGUGUCAAACUGAAUCACCGGUCGUACGCGGCUGAAGAGUACAGAUUAUCCGCCGCUCUCUGAUGAGCCAGUCAGGAGUCUUGCACUUGAGUAAAGUGCCUUCUUUCGGUGACCCCCGCGCCUCUGACUCUGUGCCUGUCCAUGUCUACCAGAGUGGUCAACCGCACCAGAAGCCCCGGACAGUCAAACCCAACGGCUUGGCCAGUCUCCACACCACUGACACCUUCCUCCUUCCCUCCGUCUCCUGAUCCGUCUGCCAGCCAGACCUCCCUCCAUCCAUGCCAAUCAGCCCUCCUCGGCGGAAGCCAACACCUCCCCACUUAUCUGCAGAAAGAGCCCGAUAUUGAAAGCUGCUUUUAUCGGCUCCUGUGAGCGCAGGGAUUCUCUGUGCCGUAACCCGCCCACAGCAGCAUUCUCCCCCGUCCUCCUUCUCCUUGUGUUCAUCGUUCUGCUCCUUCCUCCUCUUCUGCAGCCCUGCAUCUUUUUAUUUUUAUUUAUUUUUUAUUAUCAUGGACCUGCUCAAUCAAUAACGUGUUUUGCCAUUCAUCUCAUCUGACAGUUCAGCCGAGGAGCGAGGUGAUAGCCAGAGCUGUGUGUGUGUGUGGGGCCGAGGGAACGAGAGGGAGAUUACAAAGCAAGCCGCUGUGGCUGUCACUAGUCAGGCCCUUGGUGACAGGCGCUGAAGGAUUCCUGUUACAGCCACAAACAGACUCUUAGGAUGGGCCGCAGGUGGUAGGCGAAUCCCACCCUCACAGGCUUCGCCCUCAGAAUCACAUCCUGGGGACUCAAACCUCUUAGAGCUAGCUUUUGUUCCCAUGUCCUUUACCUGUUUUUUCUCAUCACUUGCCCCAGCGCCAUCAGAGACAUACAGUACAGGCACAAAUAACUGCAUUCGUCGGAUAUCUAUUCCUCUGAAUCGCCCCCUCCUGACUGGUUCAAGAUGGCGGUGAACAUGUCACAGAUCCGGGACACAAAGUGGCUCACGUUGGAGGUCUGUCGGGAGUUCCAGAGAGGAACGUGUUCGCGGCCGGACAGCGAGUGCAAGUUCGCCCACCCUGCCAAGAGCUGUCAGGUGGAAAACGGCAGAGUCAUCGCUUGUUUCGACUCACUCAAGGGUCGCUGUUCCAGGGAGAACUGCAAGUACCUGCAUCCUCCCCCCCACCUAAAAACUCAGCUGGAGAUCAAUGGAAGGAACAACCUCAUCCAGCAGAAGAACAUGGCCAUGCUGGCCCAGCAGAUGCAGCUCGCCAACGCCAUGAUGCCCGGCACACAGCUUCAGCCAGUCCCCAUGUUUUCAGUCACACCCGGCCUCGCAACCAACGUCAACGCUGCUGCUGCUGCGUUUAACCCUUACCUUGGUCCUAUGUCGCCCGGCCUGAUGCACGCUGACAUCUUGCCCAGUGGCCCCGUCAUGGUCACCAGCAACGCCGGCAUCUCCGUACCUACCGCUGCUGCUGCUGCCGCACAGAAACUCAUGAGGACGGACAGAUUGGAGGUUUGUCGGGAGUACCAGCGGGGUAACUGCACACGCGGGGAAAGCGACUGUCGCUUUUCCCACCCUUCAGAUAGCACUAUGAUCGACACCAACGACAACACGGUCACUGUGUGUAUGGACUACAUUAAGGGCCGCUGCACGAGGGAGAAGUGCAAGUACUUUCACCCGCCGGCUCACCUGCAGGCCAAGAUCAAGGCCGCCCAGCACCAAGUCAACCAGGCGGCAGCUGCUGCAGCCAUGACUCGGUCGGCCUUCGAAUCAAUGAAGCGACCCCUGGACGCAGCUUUUGACCUGGGGCUCCCUCCCUUGCCUCCUUUACCAAAGAGACCUGCACUUGAAAAAGCCAACGGUGCCACCACCAUGUUCAACCCUGGUGUGUUCCAGUACCAACAGGCUCUGGCCAACAUGCAGUUCCAGCAGCAGGCUGCCUUCAUACCAUCAGGCUCCAUAUUGUGCAUGACACCUGCUACAAGUGUUGUACCCAUGAUGCACGGUGCUAAUCCAGUCACUGUGUCUGCGGCCACAACAUCUGCCACAAGUGUUCCCUUUGCAACGGCAACAGCCAAUCAGAUUCCAAUGAUAUCUGCUGACCAUCUGAAUAGUCACAAAUAUGUGACCCAGAUGUAGGAGUCUCGAUCAGACCGAUGCAACUGGAGCGCACUGAUGUUUAGUCCGAGAUUAGCCGUCAUCUGUCUCCAACAUUAAGAACAAAACUGAUGAGCAAUUUUAAAUUGUUCUGGGAUAAAUCUGCAUGUUGAUAUAGGAGGCCCAGUUUGUGAGGAUUCUUUUCCUGUGUACUUCAUGCACCGUAUUACACAAGAACAGAAAAGAACUUUCAUUUUCAUCAAAGACUGCCUUUCGCUCUGUAGAGGCAACUAACCUUUAUUCACCGGACACACUUUGAAUGUUAAACAUGGAGCAAAAGAGUGGAAAAGUUGUUAAAAACACAGACUGGAUUGGUACGUCCAUUGACCAAGUAUCAUGACUUAUGGUUUUUUGUCUGUUCAUGGGUCGGUGGUCUUUGAGCUAAAUGUGUUCAUUUGUUUACACAAAGGUGCACCAUGUAUUUAACUUGAGGUAAAAGAAAUGAAUGAUCCGAAUGAAUCACACAUGCAUGAACAACUACUUUGUUUAAGAUUUCAUUUAGUCAAUCCAGGGAUGAGGGAAAUCACAUGAGUGCACUCAGAGGCAAAAUAGCAACUGAAUGUCUGUAAGGCGUCUAUCAAACCCUUGUAGCCUACCUUUCUAUAUCUUUAGCACAUGUCUUUGACCUUGCAAGCAUCCCUGUAAAGUGCCAUACAUCUCAAAAACACAUGAAUGGUAUUGAAGCAGUUUUAAGAAGUGUAAAAACCCAACAAUUCCCUUUAACACGUCUGUUUUGUCUCUUGCACAGCAUGCAGUGUAGAUUAUUGUGAUCAUUACCUGUGAUUCCCAGCAGCACCGCUGUUGACGAGAUGACCUGACCCAGAUUGUCCACUUUACUCAAAUCUUCUACUGAAGGAUUAUUUUCUUGACUGUCUCUCUGUGGGGUCUUGGCUUGUGCGGCAGACCAAAAGCUCAUAUUAAUGAAGACGUUGCAAUGACAACUCGUCUAUCAGUUGGUCACCAAACUGCUGUGAGACCGAAGUCAAAAUCCAAGAUGCAACUGGUGAUGGAUUGUCCUGAUUUGCUUUUUCAUUUGUAUGGUUUUGCAUAUUUUUAAGGCAGAUUGCCAAAGUAGAUUUAGUUUAGUGUAGAUACAGUCUGACAUGUUUAAAGACAUUUGUGAAGUGCAUCUACCUGAGAGCUGUUUUCACAUAGUCGGCCAUAGUCUUUUUGUGUCGCUAUCGUACGUAGACCAGUGGGACUCAAUUAAAAAAAUGUUUUGGCCUCACAAGUGAGUCCGAAGUAGGAUCAGGUGUGUAUAGUAGAUCUCUAGAAGUUGUGUUUUGAUGUGCUCUGGGUGUUCUUCAGGCAUAUUUCACCGGUGGAUCGAACAGGGAAAGUGGCACGAUUAUAUAAACGAUUGUAUUACUCAUCCAAAGCCUUAGAAUGUACCAUCGGGUCAGCACAAUGCAACAUGCCAUUUUGAACCAUCCAGUUGCCUAAUCCACGACAUAUUAACUUACACACAUACACACACACACACACACACACACAGAGCACUAUGUUAUUGUCACUUUCUUGUUUUUGUUUGUCCGUUCAAUGAAGAGUGUUUUACUUUAUUGUUAUUGUGUGAGGAUAUUUUGAUGUUUAGUUCAUACUUCUAGUCGUGCUCAUUAUAUUUAUCGUUUAUAUAAUGAAGAUGAAGUUAUAAAAAUAAGUGUGUGUUUGUGGGUCCCUUAUGCACAGUUUUCUGAAAUUCCAUUCAAUGUUAAUUUUACUAUGAUUAUCAUUGUGAACUGAAUAUUUUCUAUGUUAUGCAUAUUGUUGAACCGUAUGUAUAUUGUUGAUUUCUUCAGUCUAUUUGUGUUUUUUGAACAAAAAUGUUUUAUAUGAGUAUCUAACAGUGAUGAAAUAAUAGAACGGAGAGGCUAAGUUGUCACUGUGGCAACCAUCGCCAAUAACUAAGUGAUAUUUUAACGAUUGUAAGGUUUGUAACUAGUCAUUUAAGGAAAAAAAAUACUAUUGUAGAAAUAUAGUUCUUAGAUGUUUAGAGUAAAGAUGUUAUUUUCUACUGUAUCCAUUUCAAAUAGUGAACUUUGUUUUAAUAUUUCUACUCCCUGGAAAUUGGGCCAUGUUGGAAAACAAGCUGCAUAUUUGAUCACUUUUUGGGGGCGUCGCAGUCGGGAUCAGGUAAAAGGGGUGAGUAGGGAGUCUGCGCACCAAUCUCUUGCUUAGCCAACCUGCAAACAUCAAGGGAGGGGAUGGGCAAUCUUGAGGCGAUAAAGGUAAUAAAGGAUGAUUUUUUGCACUUCUGUAAAUAGUCAAAAAAGAGAGAUUCAUGUAUAUUGAGAUCUUAUUUUGAAUAAAAAAAAGUAUGUCUAUAAUGACAGUGAAUUUUGCUAGGAUAACAAAAAAAAAUCUUACAAAAGGCUGAACAAAAUUGCUUGCAUCAAAAGGGGUCCUCACGCUCCGAACCGUUUCAGAAAAGGCAAAGUGUUGCUCUUCUUUUUUGUCAGCAGCUUGUAGUUUGCCAGGUAACCUUCCGGAGGAGGCCUCCACUAGCCUCCAGUGAAAGGGCCUGAGUGGGUUUGUAUGGUCCCCUAACCCGUCUGCACUGACAGGUAUGUGUGUCAUGGCCACGCCCUACUAGGCCCAACCAAUCACAACGCGUCCCGUCUCCUCCUCACAGAGGAAUGCAUGUUAAAGGAAAUACAUUUACCGUUUAAAAAGAAUCACUGCAGUAAUAUUGAAUAAAAAUAUGUUACACAGAAAUAUGUAUUUACAGUAUUCAAUAUUAUGUCACUGUAAUUGAAUAAAAAAUAUAUAAAUAUAUAUAAAGAAAACACAAAUAGGAUAGUGGUUUAUUUUACAAAUAUUUAAAAAAAUAUUCUUGAGAACAUACUCCUCAAAGUGCACCACUUGGAGAGUACAUGCAACACAAACACCAUAGCUAAACGUUUGUUCCUUAUGUUUAUGUAAGGUGUGCUUCUAGUAGAUGAAACGGACCAAACAGCAAACAGGUGUGGAUCAACAUCAGGUGGAGUUUUGAGGUUUGGUCAUCAAGUCAUCCGUUUCAAACUGUGUCCUGAUCAUCUCUCAUCUCCUACAAGCACGCAUGCCUACAUUUAUGAUAUAAUGUAAACUAAACUUUUUUUUUUAAUUUCAUGUUCGUUUUUUUCUGCUUGUAGUGCUAAAAUAAUGUAUUCUGUCCUCUGCAGCAAUUUGUUUUGCUUAUUUCUUUGCUCAAAGGCCCCUUGAAAAGAUGUGUGCACCUCCUCUGUAAAGCACCUGUGGAGACAACCUCUGACCGUCAGAAAAAGCCAUAAAAUAUAAAGUCAUCAGAGCAAAAUGUGUGUGAGAGAAAAAUGAUAAUGAAACCCUAUGAAGCUGAGGGAAUGUUCGUUGGGGUUCUAUGAACUACAACAUCAUGUAAUAACCAAAGUCGUGACUGUAGGUAAUACAACCUAUGGUGUGCUGUACUAACUUUGAUGGAUGUCUGUGGUUCAUUGAGAAAACAUGUUUUCACCGGGCCUGGAUUGCUAUAUUUAAUUAUUGCUGUUAUGAAUUAAAAAAAGGAAUAAAAAUGUACCAAUGAACGAGCAA